AUGGUCCUUGCCGGCGUUCUUGCGCUGCUUCUUGCGGCCUCUGCCGGCGUCAAUGCAGAUGCGGGGGUUACCAUGUUCACCAAUGGCUCUCUGUCCAGCUUGGGUCUGACCAGUGCUUGUGAACGUUCGCUGUACAAUAGCAUCGACUGUGACCCGGGCGUGUCAUCUCUGGCGACGAGCUCCUAUGGGGGCAGCCUCAACAACGCUACGUUGACGUCUCUGGUCUGCCAGAGUGCCUGCGGGGCAUCAAUUGCCCAGCUGCAUGACUCCGUGGCGGCCAGCUGUGGCACCACCGCUGCAUUGAUCCCUGGCAUGUCCUUCCUUGCGCUGGUUGACCAGGUCUGGAGCAACUGGAACCAAACUUGCUUUACUGAUCCAACAACCGAUGUCAUUGCGGCGUUCCCCGAUGUUGAUGAUAUCACCACUCUUCCAACUGCAGACCUGUGCUCGUAUUGCAACGUACAGCAGCUAGCCCUUCUCCAGGCGAACGCCUAUUCAGACGCCUACACCCAGGACUGGCAGUCAACUUACGAGGCCGUCGCACAGGCCUGUAAUCUCACCGUGUCUAGUUUUGACCCGGUGCAGAGUGCCUUUAAUGUGACGGUGCCAUCUGUAGAGGUGAACUGCGUCUCGGGGAACACCUAUAGAACGAAGGAAGGCGAUACCUGUGACUCUAUCGCCCAGGCCUAUGGCGUGUCCGCGGCCACCAUGUUCUACAUCAACCCGACCAUCGUGAACUGCUCAGCCAUCUGGAAUGGGACCGAUCUCUGCCUGCCCCAGACUUGCACCAGUAUCUAUACUGUCCAGGCCAAUGACACCUGUAGCACCAUUGCCGCCGCCUAUGGCCUCUUCACGGUGGACGUCAUCAACUUCAACUCUCAGCUCAACGUGAACUGCAGCAACCUGGUCGAUCCCGUCCCUUACUGGGGGUCGACCGUGUGUGUCUCCACACCCGGAGGCACAUACACUGGCCAGCCCCUCAACACCACCACCAGUGACAGCGGUAGUUCGAUUGUCAGUCCCCCCGCUGGCAGCCCCGUGGCUCCUGGCACAACGACCGACUGCGGCGCCUGGUUUGUCAACGAGGCUAGUCUCAAUCUCACCUGCGCGCAGAUCUGUCUGUCCAACCUGAUCGCGAUCAACCUGUUCACCGAGGCCAACCCGUCCCUGAACAAGACGACCUGUGACAGCGACCUGGUGGCUGGUGACGCCUAUUGCGUUGAUCCGCUGCCCGGGUGGAACUAUGGAAAUUCCACCUCGAGCAAUACUACCACCACCACCACCACUUCUUCAGUCCCGGCAGCGAGCACCCCAGGGGCUCCCACGCAGACGGGAAUCGCUUCCAAUUGUGACAUGUACUACACUGUCCAAGCUGGCGACACCUGCGAUGCAGUAGCGGCCGAAUUUGGCAUCACCACCGCCCAAUUCCUUGCCUGGAAUCCGGCUGUUUCUUCAGACUGCACAUCUGGUUUCUGGGUUGAUGAGGCAUACUGCGUUGGUGUGUUGUCAUUGACUACUGCCACAACCACCGCAGCCCCAACAACAUCAACAGCCCCAACAACAGCGACCCAGGCAGCAACGACUACUACCGUGUCACCACCUGCACCAACUCAGUCUGGUAUUCCUAGUAACUGUGACAAUUACUAUGUGCCAGUGUCUGGUGACACCUGUGAUACUGUGGCGGCUAAAUAUGGCAUCACCACUGCCCAAUUCCUCGCCUGGAAUCCGGCUAUCUCGUCAGAUUGCACGUCUGGGUUCUGGCUGGAGGAAGCGUACUGCGUGGGGAUCUCACCCCCUGCACCAACUCAGUCUGGUAUUCCUAGUAACUGUGAUGAUUACUAUGUGCCAGUGUCUGGCGACACCUGUGAUACUGUGGCGGCUAAAUAUGGCAUCACCACCGCCCAAUUCCUCGCCUGGAAUCCGGCUAUCUCGUCAGAUUGCACAUCUGGGUUCUGGCUGGAGGAAGCGUACUGUGUGGCGGUUUCACCGUAG